AUGAAAUGUUUAAAUGCAGGUGAUUCACAGGAUCUGAGGAUUGUUUUAUUGGGAGUCUCUGGAGCUGGAAAGAGUCCAACAGCAAAUGCAAUACUGGGGCGAGAUGCAUUUAAAGAGAGCAGAACCAGACAGAGUGAGAUACAGAGAGGAAGAGUAAGGAGCAGAAACAUCUCCAUCAUCGACACUCCAGGAUUCUUCAACACGCAGCUGACUGAUGAAGAGCUGCAGAAACAGAUGAUGAAAAGUCUUUCUCUCGCUGAUCCUGGUCCUCACGUGUUCCUGCUUGUCAUCAACCUGGAGACCUUCAGAGAGGACGAGAGAAACAUUGUAGAAAAGAUUCAGGAGAUCUUUGGAGCUCAAGCCUUGAAUUUGACCAUGCUGCUGUUUACUAGAAGAGAACUAAUGUCAAACAGAGAAUGGAUGGACAUUAAGUUUAGUAGAAAGUUUCAGGACCUAAUCAGUCACGGCAGAGGACAAUAUCAUGUGAUCAACAGAAAAAGUGAGAUUAAUGAAACUCACAUCACCAAGCUUCUAGAGAAAAUUGAUGAAAUCAUCAAGCAAAAUGAUGAAAAAUAUUAUAACAAUGAGAUUCACUUAAAAGUUUACCAAUUUGUUAUUGUCCAUAAUAACACACACGCUUUCAUCCAUCCUUUUAUCUUCUCCAUCUUGUCAGAGCUCAGGAUCGUGAUGGUGGGUAAAACUGGAGUUGGCAAAAGCACAACAGGAAACACCAUCCUGGGUAGAAAAAUGUUUGAAGCACAAUUAUCUUCAGAAUCUGUGACUGGGAAAUGCCAACAGCAUCAGCAGACAGUAGAUGGUAGAAACAUCUCAGUGAUCGACACUCCAGGACUGUUUGAUACAUCAAUCAGUGAAGAACAACUGAAGAAAGAGAUCGAGAAGUGUGUGGAGAUGUCUGUUCCUGGUCCUCAUGCGUUUCUUCUAGUCCUCAGACUGGAUGUGAGAUUCACAGAUGAGGAGAAAAACACAGUGAAAUGGAUUCAGGAAAACUUUGGAGAAGAAGCUGCAUGUUACACCAUCAUUCUGUUCACUAGAGGAGAUCAGUUAGAUAAACCUAUAAAGCAGUUUCUGGCAGAAAAUAAGCAGAUUAAUGAGCUAGUUAGUCAGUCUAAAGGCAGGUAUCAUGUGUUCGAUAAUACAGAUGGAAACAAUCGAUCACAGGUCACUGAACUGCUGGAGAAGAUCGACAGAAUGGUGAUGGAGAAUGGAGGAGAGCAUUACACAAAUGAGAUGUACAGAGAAACUCAGAGAAAAAUUGAGGAAGAAGAGAAGAGGCAGAGAGAGGAAGAAGAGAAACUGAGAUUGGAAGAGGAGAAAAAGAUAAGGAAGGAUGAAAGAAGGAAGAUUAUACAUAAGGUAAAACAUGUGGCCUUAGUGGGAGCAGGUGUGACAGGAGCAGUAGCUGGAGGUGCAGCAAUGGUUUUUACAGGGGGAGUGGUAUUGCCUGUUGCUUUAAUAGCAGGAGGAGCAGCUGUUGCAGGAGGAACUGGUGUGAAAGUUAUGGUAGAUAAAUUUAAAGAAAAGGCGCAAAAGGGAAAAGCAGCAAACCUGACAUAA